GGGAACAGCUCGGGGGUGGCUUCACUGUGGUAGCGGGAGCGAGGACCGAGCGUUGUAACGGGCGAGGUCCCGCAGGGGGGAAAAAAAAGCAAAGCUUCACGUCUCUUCCCACACCUCCUCCGCUUUCCUCUCCUCACUUGUCGAGCUCCCAUUCCAGCUGUUGGGCGGAUUCUUCCUACAGGGGAAAGUUUCUAACUCUGAAAGUUGCCGCCAUCAGGGUCCCAGUGAACGGAGCUCAUUGCGGGGAAGAUGAAUAUCUGGCCAGAUGUGAUUCCACCCGACUUGACUCACUAAAGGAUUUGUAGACACCUCAAAACAUCGCCUCCUACUUCUAAAACGGGCCCGAUGAUGUUCCCUUGUUUCACUCGUGGACUCGGUUUCAUGAUGCCGCACACUCUCGGAGUCUGAGCGUUGACAGGUCAAUGAAUGUUUUGUAUCAGAGCCGUGAUCACUUUGCGUUUGUGUCAGCAAUGUACUCAUCAAGGAUAUGACUCAAGGAUAUAAUGAAGAAAAGGGCAAUAGGUCAUGGAAAAGCUAUAGAAUGUGUCAUCAGAUUUUGAAGAAGUGGGGAAUGAUGGGAUGGAUUCGAAGACUACAGAAAAUGAAACUGUGGGAACAGAUGCUGAAAUAGCUUCCAGUUUUCAAACAGAUGUAAUGGAAGCAGCAAGUCCAUCAGUUAUACAAUCCAAAGUUACAAAUGAGGAGGCCACCACUUCUGGUGUGAAUGUUGAAUGUCGAAUAUGCGGUGAUAAAGCUUCAGGGUUCCAUUAUGGCGUACAUGCCUGUGAAGGUUGUAAGGGUUUCUUCCGACGAACAAUUCGCAUGAAGCUGGAAUAUGAGAAAUGUGAUCGCAACUGUAAAAUUCAGAAAAAAAACAGGAAUAAAUGCCAGUAUUGUCGCUUCCAGAAGUGCCUGGCGUUAGGGAUGUCACACAAUGCCAUCCGUUUUGGCCGAAUGCCUGAAGCAGAGAAGAAAAAGCUAGUUGCGGGACUUCUAGCUGGUGAAGCAACAGUUCAAAAUCCACAGAUAGCUGAUUUGAAAUCACUGGCAAAGCAUGUUUACAAUGCAUAUCUAAAGAACUUCAUUAUGACUAAGAAAAAAGCACGAGAUAUUCUAAGUGGAAAGGCAACCAAAGAUCCUCCUUUUGUUAUUCAUGACAUGGAAACACUUUGGCAGGCUGAAAAAAUCUUAGUUUGGAAGCAAUCACCUUUUGUUAUUCAUGACAUGGAAACACUUUGGCAGGCUGAAAAAAUCUUAGUUUGGAAGCAAUCAGUAAAUGGAAUUCCAAACAAAGAAAUUGCAGUCCACGUCUUCCACCGUUGCCAGUGUACAACUGUUGAAACAGUAAGAGAAUUGACUGAAUUUGCCAAGUGCAUCCCUGAAUUUUUAAAUCUUUACCUGAAUGAUCAGGUAACAUUACUAAAAUAUGGUGUUCAUGAAGCCAUUUUUGCCAUGUUGGCAUCGAUUAUGAAUAAGGAUGGUCUUCUCGUGGCUAAUGGAAAUGGAUUUGUUACUCGGGAAUUCCUGAGGAGCCUGCGCAAACCAUUCAGUGAAAUCAUGGAACCCAAAUUUGAGUUUGCAGUGAAGUUCAAUGCCUUGGAACUGGAUGAUAGUGACUUGGCUCUUUUUGUGGCCACCAUUAUUUUAUGUGGAGAUCGUCCCGGAUUAAUGAGUGUGAAGCAGAUUGAAGAAAUGCAGGACAGUGUUCUCCAAGCAUUAAGUCUACAUUUACAAGCCAAUCAUCCAGACUCUCAGUACCUCUUCCCAAAGCUUCUCCAGAAAAUGGCUGACCUGCGGCAGCUAGUGACUGAGCAUGCACAGCUUGUUCAGAAGAUUAAAAAAACUGAAGCAGACACUUCAUUACAUCCGCUUCUACAAGAGAUCUACAAGGACAUGUAUUGAUGAAUAUUGCACAUUCACUAUUCAGCCUAAUAUCAUCUUCCCCAGACAUCCCACAACCUCAUCCCGACAAGUAACCAACAUGACUCCAAUGAAUUCUCAUUUAAGACUUCUUGAGAAUACAUAAUAGAUCUGUAACUAGGUACUCCUCAUUUGAAUUUUCUGUUCUUCAGUUGGCUGAUUGCAGCUGACUCAUUUGAGAUCAGCUGAACAGACUUUAAUGAAUACAGCUGAAGAAUGUAGGAAAAUCUACACAUUUACAACACUACUGACAUCUGCAAUAAUUAUGGUUUGUGUUGUAAUUUGAACUUGGUUACAGUAUUAAUACCUCUGCUUGGUAGACACAACUAUUGUCAAAAGCAAAUUUUAUAGAACUAUCCAAUGGUACUGUGCUUGCUGAGCCCAACAACAUACAUCUGUUUGGUCAGUCUUAAUUUUGAUAUAAUUAGAGGGUAUGGAAGUUGUGUAUAAAUUGCUACAAUAAAUGUAGCUUAUACUGUAUAACAGUCUAUUGUAGAUAGUGAAUUGCUCCAAGAAGUAUUUGGUUAAUAAUGUGCAUACAUUUAUAAAGCUAGUCAUGGACUUGUAGCAUUGUGGGGGAAAUAGUAAUGUUUCAAAAAGACUAUGUGCAGCACUUUGAAGUUUCUCAGAAAUGUGAUGAGGUGCUUAGAUAAAUGUGAUUAUUUCUCAAGUGAGGAAGAAUUUCAUUUAGAUUUUCAAGUCACUUUAUUCCAAGUUCUAUAUCUGACAGCCAUACAUGCUGACCAAAUUCUAUUGAGGGCAAGUUUGCAAAUUCCUUGUAGGUAUUGAAGUGCAGAACUGGGAGAAACUAACCCCUUAUCUCACUUGGCUCCCAGUCAGUAUUUGCAUUAAUUCUAUCUGCAGUAUGCCUUCAGUUUUCAUUUUUUUUUUAAAUGAGCAUUCCUUCCUCACUGUUUCAAAUGCAAAAUAUUUACACUCAUUUUAAUAAAGCUCCCUAUUUAUUUAAUGACGACUGGGUUUGUGGGAAAAUAAUAUCGCCAUUAACUUUUUAAGUAGAAAAAAUGAUCUGAUAUGAAAGUAAUGAACUUGUUUUGAUCAAUGUUUUGAAAAUUUGUCAUGAAAUAUUAGGUUGAAAUUCUUACACCUUAAUUGUCAAAUUCAUAUUUGGCCUUCACAUUAAAAUUACUAAUUUGAAAUUUCCACGGGAAAUUUAUAUGUUCUGUUAGUUCUGUUUUUGUGUUCUGUUGUGCUGCUCGCUAGCACAAGGAUACAUCAUAAUAUUUUCUUAUUGCUGCUGUCUAUCUAUGUUGUAAUUAACUUUUCACAAUUUGGGAUUGUGCUAAAUUUUAUUGGAUCUUAAAAUACCACAGUUUGCUCAAGAAGUAAUGUUCAUGCGGAAUGCUUGAAUAAGCCAGUUAAACAAGACUAAGCACAGACCUUCCUAGUUAAUUGAUAUUUGACUGGUUGACAGACUCUUCAGCCACUACACUGGAAUAUCAGUUCGAAAAUCAACUUCAGCAAAAGAUCAUACUGGAAAAUCAUAGUGACUGAUAUUUGAAAAGCAAAACAUUUAAUUCUAGUCAGUGUUACUCAAAAUUCGUCUAACUUUUCAGAUUCUGAAAGAUAUGUUUUGCAUUUCCAACAUUUUCUGACUCACUUUAAAAUCUCUAGCUUUCAGACAAUUGUUUUCUUUUGCAUGAUACCACAGAAUGUUACACCUUUAAAUUUGUUCCAAAGUAGAGCCCAUACUAAAUUUUUAUUUAGUGUAAAUUACACAGUGGGAAUCAUAAAUAGCCCACUUGUCCGCCAGUGUAAUGUGGUUUAAGCCAUAAAUGGAAAUGGUUUCCACAAGACCACAAUAAAUUCCAGUGUUAACAUUUUACCAUGUUUGUAUUUUAUGUUCUGUUGCAUUUUUGAUUUAAUUGAUUCAAUUUUUUUAAUGAUUUUAUUGCUGGGUCUCUUGAAAGGAACUCAAAUGGAUUUUCUGAAGUUUGUAUUGCCUUCUGAUUUGAGGAUAGGAUACCCAUUGGAAUUGGCACAACUAUGCAGCAUAUUGUGGGCAAGAGUUGAUUAUUUGUUUUAAUAGAGAAUGGUUCAGAGCAUUGUGAAGACAGGAAAUGUGCCAAAUCUGCAGUCCAAAAUUGGGAAGAGCAGUUAUUGAGGACCUUGUAUUAGUAACUUGUAAUGCAGUCAUGCCAUCUGAAUCCAUUAGUGAGUUUUGCUACUUUCUUUCAAACCAAAAUCUUUUGUCACAUUUUGCCCCAAUUAUAUCUGAUUUUGUUUUAUCUCUUCCUUUGGAAUUAUUCUUCUAGGGAUGUCCUCUCUGGAUUGUGUUACCACGGCAAAAGCCUUAUACUCGUGUUUCUUUGGGAAGGCGGGGAUGCAAUAAAGUAUUAAAAUUGAAGUAAAUUCUAUCAUUACUAGCAUGUGAACCUCCAGCAGUGGUGUUGGAUAGUGUUAAGGAGUGAAAAAUAUAACCAAUGUUUUCAUUCCAUCACCCCUAGUAAACAUACUUGCCAAACAAUAAACUUGAGAUUGCUAAAUGUUGCACUUGGGUAGAUUGGGUCUGAUGUAUUUUCUGGUCUGUGUAGCUCAACUUUUUGUUAUGUGAUGCACAGAAAGAGAGUAAAUGUUUUAUAUUAAAUGGGGACUAAUUAGGAUGGAAUAUGGAAAGUGAAAUAAUAUUGAAUACUUCCACCAUCAUUCUUGACAUUUGUAAGAUUGAAAAUGUAAUUCAUGAUAGGAAUAUACUUUUCUUCAAUCACUAUAAAACAACUUUUUUGAGUGUACCCUAGCCCUCUAUGAUAGUGUUGAAGACCCUAAGCUUGCUAUAUACAAAGUGAUGGCGCGAUGCAAUUCACACUAAAUUAUUUGAGAGCUUUACCUCAGUCAGUCCAUAUUCAACAUGCAGCACCUCAUAUUUCACUUGUGUAGCUUUCAGCCCAGUGGCAUGAUAUUGAUUUCUCUAACUUCAAAUAACCCAUGCACCUCUCUCUCCCUC